CCUUGGCCAAUCAGACGAGACCCCGCCUCGGCAGUUCCUUUAUAAAGCCGCUGUUCACGCUCAGGCAGCAUCCGUUCACUGAACACAACCAGAGGACAACCCUGAACAAUGGCAAGAACCAAGCAGACCGCUCGUAAGUCCACAGGAGGCAAAGCCCCCAGGAAGCAGCUGGCCACCAAGGCUGCCCGUAAGAGCGCCCCAGCCACCGGCGGCGUCAAGAAGCCCCAUCGUUACAGGCCCGGUACCGUGGCUCUCAGAGAGAUCCGUCGUUACCAGAAAUCCACCGAGCUGCUCAUCCGCAAGCUGCCCUUCCAGCGUCUGGUCCGUGAGAUCGCUCAGGACUUCAAGACCGACCUGCGCUUCCAGAGCUCCGCUGUCAUGGCUCUGCAGGAGGCCAGCGAGGCUUACCUGGUCGGUCUCUUCGAGGACACCAACCUGUGCGCCAUCCACGCCAAGAGGGUCACCAUCAUGCCCAAAGACAUCCAGCUGGCCAGAAGGAUCCGCGGAGAGAGAGCUUAAUCUGUCUACUGCUCCAAAACACCCACAACGGCUCUUUUAAGAGCCACCACAUUUUACU